AUGAUGAACCGUGCCAGCGCCGGCCAGUUCCCUCCACCACUGUCUCCACCACCACCUCCACCACCGCAGGAGUUCGACGUCAACCCGGAAGCUAUGGAGAAUGAAGCGUGGGAGGAGGUGGCGCUGGCGGACACCAUAGAGGUGUUCGAUGCCGCCACGGUGGAAGAGGCGCGGCGGCACCGUGCAGAGGAGAUGGGCGAGCGGUCGCGUGCAGAGCGGGAGCUCCUUCACCGUGAGCGGCGGGAGGCGCUGGAGCAGCGGCUGCCGGAGGAGGCGGCGGUAGCGGAGGCGGCCUGGGCGGCGGAGGCGGAUGCGUUGGCGGCGGAGGCGGCGGCGCAGCAACGAGCGCUCGUCGAGUCGUUCGAGUCGCAAAAGAAGCUACAGGACGACGCCCGUGCCCGCGAAGACGAGCAGAUUCGCCACGCCGUCGAACUCUCCCUCCAAGCGGCGCAGGAGGGGAGGGCAGGCGACGACGCACUGAUCGUGCACCAGCGUCUUCUCGUCACGCUCCGUAGGGAGAGGCGGCGCGCGGCGCAGGAGCUGCGGCGAAGGGGAGGCUACGACGGGGCGGGGCCGUCGAACGCACCGCCGGGCGGCCAGUAG